ACCGUUAGCUCAAGUUCCAUUUUCUGGUUACGACGGAUUUGUCCUUUUCUGUCUUAGCGAGCAUUUACAACCAGUUAGAGAAAGAAGAAGCAUGGAAAGGGGGAACCACCAAGCGAAGGACAUAAUGCUCCAGCUCGACAUUUUCCUUUCUCUAUUGCUUCUUUCCUUAUCAAAUCUCUACCAGUGGUCCCGAUCGAAAUCUGAAAUAUUUCUUACCUCUACUACUACUCCCCUGCGAGCAAACUCCAUCACUAGGCGCGGUUUUUUUGCUGUCAUUUUUGCGCUCUCUUGUGUUCCUCCUUAUCUCAUUAUUGCGCAGUCCGUCCAUGCGAGUUUCGUUACUGGACUCACUUGGCUGGCUUCAGUGGUCCGACGGUAGUAAUGGCUUUUGAGCGUAUCGUGGGCUGUGCCGACUAGUUGUGUAAUUGAGAAAGCAAUAUUGCGGUGUUCUCUCCGCUUGAAUUCCAGCCUCUUACCAC